UGUCUCUUGAAACUCAGGACAUACGGAAUAGUACACAGUAAGUAGUAGUGCUAGUAGCUUCCAGUUACCACAGACCACCCAACGCCCAUUGAAGUUCUCCAACUAAACAGACAAAAAGGAAGCGGAAAAGGAAAACGAGCUAUCAUACGUCCAACAAUGUCAUCCCACGCGGUUCUCAGCGCGGCAGCAGACGACCGCAAAGCACGCCUUGCCAAGCUCAAGUCGCUCAAGCGCAAGCAGCCGACGGAGGAAGAUCCAGAAGAGCCAACAAACACUGCACCUCGGGACGUCUCUCCCAGCGACCUCAACACAAAUAACAACAACCAAGAUGAACCCUCCACGGGGACCGCACCCCCGACAAAAGACGUAGCCCGCCUGCACCUUUCCGGCCGGAACUACGACUUCGAGACCAAAGGUCCCAAGCUAGGCUUCGAGGCACCGCCGACGCUCACCCUCGACAAGCCGACGCUCGAAGAGAAGGCGCAGGACCUCGAGGAGGAAUCCAAGCGACAGGCGGCGAUCGACGCGCAGAACGACAAGGGCAUCGACCUGCUCAAGCUGCAGCCGAAGAAGCCCAACUGGGACCUGAAGCGGGAACUGAAUCUCAAGAUGGAGGCGCUGAACGUGCAGACCGAGAACGCCAUCGCGCGGCUGGUGAGGGAGAGGCUGGCGGAGAAGAAGGCCGCCGCGGAGGCGGCGCGUGCACAGAAUGGGCCGCCAAGUCGAGAGGGGGCGGAACAAGGGGAAGGUGAGGGGGAUGCUGCAGCCGAGGGGAUGCUGGAUGGGGCGGCGAUCGUGGAGGGGAUGCGAUUACGAGAACGGGAAGAGGAGGAGGAUGCUCGAAGGGAGAGGGAGGCGGAGGCGGAGGAGUUUGGGAUAGCUUGAUGAGUGGCUUUGGGCUACUGUGGUAGACAAUUGUUAUGGGUAUUGCUUGUCACGGGUUUGGUUGCCGGUUUGUCUGGUUUACGUUGUUGUUGCCCGAUGGUCUGCUAACUACAUGGGUUCCUAGAAGAGUAUGUAAUUGAUACCCGGUUUCCUCUCUACCGUCCUCCCCUGUUCAUGGCUUGCGUGAGU